AUGUUCUACAUUGAACCUACUCAAAAGGUCAUCCCAACCUAUGUAACGCAGUUGGUGCAAGGACGUCUGCAACGAAUCGAACAGGGAUUGAGGAGUACGGCUUCGGUCAGUCUGGUCUUUGAUGGUGGCUACUAUAUUCUUGUCGACACACCAUCAUCGGCCGACAUGAAAGCCAAAGAGACAAUGCUACGAUGUAACGUCAUUCAUUUUUUCAUUAUUAGCCAUUCAUUCAAGUGA